AUGUCGGACUUCCGCUUCUCCGACUCCAACUUUGGCGAGCCGGAGCCGGUCUCCAACCGCCCGGAGACCAUCUAUGGCCUGGUCAUAUCGUUCAUGAUACUAUCAUGGGCAGCCGUUCUCCUUCGACUAUACGUACGCUUCAAGAUCGUGCGGGCCCCGGGUUGGGAUGAUCUUUGUGUUGUAAUGUACCUGCUCACGACGACGGCUGGAUCGAUCGCCAUAUGCAUAAGCACAAAGUACUACGGGCUAGGCCAGCACUUCCUGCUACUAACGCAAGCGCAAUGGCUCGGCUACCUUAAGACCUUCUACGUCGCGAACGCGGCCUACGUAGUCUCGACGGCCUUCAUCAAGCUGGCGCUGCUCCUGCAGUACCGGCGCGUCUUCGAGCGCGGCUACGUCAUGCACCGCCUCAUCACGGGCCUGACCGUCUUCACCGCGCUGUGGGGGCUCGCGUACUCCUUCAUCGCCUGGUUCCCGUGCUUUCCGGUGUGGGAGUUAUGGAUCGCCGACCCGGGGGCACAUUGCUACGGCUACGGCUCUAAGACGCCGGGUCCGUUUGUGGCAACCUACGAGAGCCACUCUGGCAUCAAUAUGGUGCUCGAUAUCAUCGUGCUGUUGAUCCCGCUGCCGCUGUUCUUCAAGGAGAGCGCGACGUUCGCGACGCGAAUGCGGCUCGUCGCGCUGCUGUCGAUGGGCACUCUCGUCAUCGUCCUCGCCAGCUGGCGCCUCGCGAGCAUCGUCGAGCACCAGGUCACGUGGUGGCCGACGCCCGACCCGACGUGGUACGGACCGAUCAUUUACCUGCUCGCAGUUCUCGAGGUCGACGCGGCGGCCGUCUGCGCUAGUGUGCCUAUCUUCUGGCCCGUGUUGACGGUGCAAUGGGGCAAGAUAUUUGUGACGCAAGAGGUCGCCAUCACGCACGAGACGCGGUAUGGGUACGACGACCACCACAACCACGACGACGAGGACGGCCUGAGGCGCGGCACCACGCACAGUCGCACCGGCAGCGAGCUCGAGAUCAUCAGCGGCAAGGGGUCGCGGCUGAACGACCCCGGUCACUACCAGGACUCGUACAUUCUGUCCCAGGUCGACCCGCUGCGGUCGCCGUCCACGCGGGUGCAGACGAGCGCGAGGAGUGAUGGCAUCAGAGGGGGUUCUAGGAAAUGGAUCAAGAUCUGA